UCAAACAAGACAGCCUGCCUGCGACGUCUCUUACUAUUCCUCUUUAUUUAGGCCUGCCUAUUUUUUGCAGCCUUAAAAAGAGAAUUUGAUUUUUGUGUGUUUGAAAUGAUUCGUUCAUGGUUUCCUAUGGAGGCAAACAUGGACGUGCAGAAGCAGAAGAAUGCUAUGCCUAAGGCUAUGGAUUUGUCUUCUUUCUUGCUCUUUGAAGCCAGUGGUGAUUCUGAGGCUGAUCAGAAUUACCCUGAUCCCAGUUUAGCCAUGGCUGAAGAUGAUGCUCAAUCAUGUAGCUAUGAUUCAACUGAUAUUCCUGAUGCUGAUGAUGAUGAGCUACAUGAUAUUGAUGAUCAGGGUGAUUCUGUUGAUCAAGCAUAUAGUCAUGGCGAUGAUGAUGACGACGAGGACGAGGAAGAAGAAGGUGAAGAAGAAGAAUGUUCAUCAGUUUAUCAUCAAAGAUGGGGUGGUGGUGAACAUAAUAAUAUUGGGAUGCCAUUGCCAUUAAUGGGGCACCAGCUGAAAUCAACUGUCUCUGUUGAUUCAACCAAAGAGUAUGAGUUGUUGAAUGAGGUGGAGAAGAGCAGGCUAUUCUGGGAAACUUGCUUGGCAUCAUAAGACUGGCUGGCUCCAUCUUUUUUUCCUGAGUCAUCAAUUUUCAGGUUGUUUCUCUUUUUCUUCAAGAGGUGGGGGAAAAAAUUAAGCCUGUAUUUUUUUUUUUAAAAAGGCAGGUUGGGAAAUUAGAAGGGGUUUGUGUUAAACAGUUCUGUAUUUUAAGUGAUAUAUAGAAACUGUAUAUAACAGAUUCAGAUAUGAUCAUAUCA